AUGCUAGCACGGACACGCAUCGCCGUCGCGAGCGGCACGGCGGCGCUCCUGUCGCGCCACCGCUCCGUCGCCGAGCUCCUCUCGGGUGGCGAGGCACUCGGUGGCUCCGCUGACGAGGAGAUCUCCAACUGGUCGGCGACGCACUCGGCGAUGCCGUCGCUCUACUUUGAGCCGGACUCGACGGAUGCAGUCGGGCAGGUCAUCGCCUUCAUGCACGCGGCGGGGCAGAAGCUUCGCGUCGUCGGCUCGGCGCUCUCUCCCAACGGGAUUGGCUUGUCAGACGGUGCGAUGAUCAACAUGGCCCAGUGCUCCAAGAUCCUCUCUGUCGACCCCGAGCGGCGGCAGGUGACGGUGCAGGCGGGUGCGCGCGUCAGCGAGGUGGUGGAGGCGCUCCGCCCUCACGGCCUGACGCUGCAAAACUACGCCUCCAUCGCCGAGCAGCAGAUCGGCGGCUUUGUCCAGGUCGGAGCACACGGCACGGGCGCCGCGAUCCCUCCGGUGGACGAGCAGGUGGUGAGCAUGCGACUGAUCACGCCCGCGCUGGGCGAGAUCUGCCUCUCCGAGGCAGACAACCCGCGCCUCUUCCGCCUGGCCAGGGCGGUCCGCCGCGCUCCACAACCCUUGGCUUUGGACAUGGCAUCCAAGCCUCGCUUCACCGGCCUCUGGGCGCCGACGAGCGCUCCGGUGGGCGCCGCGGGGACGAAGCCGAGCGUGAACGCGUCGGCGCUCGGCCGUGUGAUGCGGCACGUCGCUGCGCACAACAAAGUCGUGGAGUGCGAGGAGCUGUGGGACGCCCACCGGCGGCAGCAGCAGCAGGAGUCGGCGCACCCCGCAGCGACAGAUCCGCGCGCGCGGCCGCCGCGCGGCCAGGAUGGGGCGCGCAAACGGCCGCGCGACGAGCCGCCGGGAGCGACGCCUGCAGGGAGCACCGCCGCCGACGCGGCCCAGCGGGAGCUGCGCGAGGAGCGGGAGCGAGCAGCGCAGAGGAAGCUGCAGCUGCUCGCGGCGCGGGAGCAGCAAGCGGAGCCGGGCGCGGGCGACGAGCGCGGGGAGGACGACCGGCGGAGGCAGCGCAAGGCGGAACGCAAGGCCAGGAAGGCGGCAAAAAAGGCGAGAAGGGCGGCCAAGAAGGAGCGCAAAGCCAAGCGGAGGGAGCGCAGGAGUAGUAGCAGCAGUAGCAGUGGGAGCGACGGCGAAGGCUGA